GGUCUCACCGAUCGCGCAAUCGACGCGCAUUGCUCAGGCGCUCGGGCAUCCUGAAGAAAACCUUCAUUUCGACAGGAUGAAGGUGCGCUGGAGUCAAGCCUCGAGGACGGACACGAAGCAAGUUUUCUUUCCUGUCUAUUCAAAUGAAUCGUUUUAAAGACAGGACGGUUCAAAGAGCAAACAGUGCAACAUUUAUUCGGAUAAAUGCAAAAACGAAGAGCUUCAGUAUCAUCUAACAGAAAUGCAGGAACAGGUUAUUGCUCACUGGAAUCUGAAACGGGUCUGACUCCUGCAUGAUCACCACUCCAGGGAUCUCCAGAUGGGUGAGUCAAAACUGUGUGCAGAGUAAUCAAUUGAACUUUGUUUUGAUGGAUGGAGGAUCACUGAUGCUACUACAAGAUGAUUAUGUUUCUCUGAUUGGCAUGCCAGUAUAACUGAACUGGACUUUAUUGACACUGGAAUGCAGGGCAGUGUUAUGUGCAAUGGAAUAUGAACUGGGAAUACGCAGCCAACUAAGAUGAAGUGUUUGAACACUUUCAUGAUGCAGUGAGAUAUUAGAUGCACUGGAUAAUGGCAGUGAUGGAUUUGAACUUGACGACGGUCAUUGACAGCGGCUUCAUGGAAAGCGACCGCUCCACGCGGGUUCUGACCGGUUGCUUUCUGUCCGUUCUAAUCCUCUCCACUUUACUCGGGAACACACUGGUUUGUGCAGCUGUCACAAAGUUUCGCCACCUGCGCUCUAAAGUCACAAACUUUUUUGUCAUCUCGCUGGCGGUGUCAGACCUGCUGGUGGCCAUUCUGGUCAUGCCCUGGAAGGCUGUGACAGAGGUUGCAGGCUUCUGGCCCUUUGGUGCGUUUUGUGACAUUUGGGUGGCUUUCGAUAUCAUGUGCUCCACGGCGUCCAUCCUGAACCUGUGCGUUAUUAGCGUGGACCGAUACUGGGCCAUUUCCAGCCCGUUCCGCUAUGAAAGGAAGAUGACUCCCAGGGUGGCCUUUGUGAUGAUCAGCGGGGCUUGGACCCUGUCCGUGCUCAUCUCCUUCAUCCCGGUGCAGCUCAAAUGGCACAAGGCUCAGCCGAUGAGCUUCCCGGUGGUCAACGCGUCUCACAGGGCACUGCUGACGGACAACUGCGACUCCAGCCUCAACCGAACAUACGCCAUUUCGUCCUCGCUCAUCAGCUUCUACAUUCCCGUCGCCAUCAUGAUUGUAACAUACACUCAGAUUUACCGAAUCGCCCAGAAGCAGAUCCGACUCAUCUCGGCUCUGGAAAGGGCCGCGGAGAACGCCAAGAUCCGCCACGACAGCAUGGGCAGCAGCUCCAACGUGGACACGGAGAGCUCCUUCAAACUGUCCUUCAAAAGGGAGACGAAAGUCUUAAAAACGCUGUCUGUUAUAAUGGGGGUUUUCGUGUGCUGCUGGUUGCCCUUCUUCAUCCUGAACUGCAUGGUGCCGUUUUGUAAGCGCACGUCGGCCGGUCUCCCCUGCAUCAGUCCAACAACAUUUGAUGUUUUUGUCUGGUUCGGAUGGGCCAAUUCGUCUCUCAACCCCAUCAUAUAUGCCUUCAAUGUCGACUUUCGCCGAGCCUUUGCCAUCCUUUUGGGAUGCCAGAGACUCUGUCCAGGAAGCCAUAGCAUGGAAACACUUAGCCUGAACAAGAACUGAAAAGCAAUGUCACACCAAUCCUUUGCCAAGGAAGGCAGGGUGGGGGGAUUUGGGAUUAAGACUCUGGGAAGAGAGCCCUCCUGCUCUGCUGGAGAGCAGGGGGUGUCCCAUAAGCGAGGCUAAUCUCUAUAAAAAGCUAUACUUCCCCAAAGAAUGACACAAGGGUGGUCUGUGCGUUCCCAGUGUCUUUUUCAGACAAUGAACAGAUUACUGAAUCCACAAGUGACUUGCCGAAGUCAGAGGAGCAAUGUUUUAUCAAAAGAAAUGUAGAUGUUUCUUUGAAUGUUUUGUGGAGGUCUUGUUUAUUUUAAAGAAGCUGUACAGUAAUAAUGUUAAA